AUGGUAGACAACGCGAUCCACCAAACAAACUUCACCUUGAGCUCAGUCGCCAAGUCAGCAGAGGAUGUGGUCCUGGGCGCUCUCGGAGGCAUUCUGAUGCCAUACAUCCAACCUCCGGACCCUUUCUUUCCCUUCGAUGAAAGAGACGACGAGCAGCAGACAAACAAGAUGAAGCCCACGGCAUUGCGAAAAGAGUUCGAGCUGAAGAACAAACAGCUGCGAGAGGGGGCUUUUCUAGGAACACUUCACCUGCCAAUCUCGUUUGCUGGCAAGUUUAAGACGCUGAGUGAUCAGAUUAGAAGGAAACGAGCUCAGAAGCAGAGCAUAACAGAUCAGCUACUAGCAAAAAUACCUGGGGAUCUUGUAUAUAAGAACAGUAACGGACAAAAGGAAACCAGCAACAUUAUCGAGAUUUCACUGCGAAAUCUGAAACAGUGCAAAGAUGACAUAUGUAGGAUUCAUGGUACAGCCAAGGUGAAAGCGAUUCAAGCAGAGCUUACUAAAGGAGGCACAGUGAAGGACAGAACAGAAAAGGAGAGAAUACGAGAUGGUUUCUUUCACAAAAUCUUUCAGAUGAAGGAGGAGUACGUGAAAACCAUCAAAGAGUUGGCAGCCCUCGAGAGUGAGUUGGCGAAGGAGAAGGAGGAGCAUCCCGAUGCUAAGACGGUCGCUCAGAAAUUGAUUGAGGACGGGGCUGAGAUCAACAGCAUCAAUGACGACGGAUUCACUGCGCUCAUGUUGGCAGCUCGAAAUGGACACACUGAAACUGUAGAGGCUCUCAUGGAAAUUCCAGACUGCGAUGUGAAUCAAACGAAUCAAUAUGGAGCGAACGCGAUGCACUAUGCGGCCAUGUUUGCGCACCGAGACGUGUGCAUUGCUCUGAGAAAGAAGGGAAGGAUCAACAGGAGAGUGAAGAACCUCGCAGGCAAGACUCCCAAGGAUCUCGCUCAGGAUGAAAACGACGACCUGUACGAACACAAGAGAAACAUCUGGAAGGAGCAGGUGCAAAAGCAAGGAAAGUUUAAGUUAGUAGAAGAAUUCGGCGACAAAGAUAAGCCCGACGAUUUGCUCUACAACUUCUUCGGCCUGCAUGCACCAGACAAAGUGGAAGCGCCCAAAGAGUGGCAGCCCAACUUGUGGAGGAUCUCGACGAUCAAGGACCCGGCACUGAAGACAGAUCCAAUGACGGAGAAGGAGUUCAUGAAGCGCUGGCAUAAGACAAUCAAGAAGAUUCCUUGA